AUUACAUCAAUGCAUCCAACACCUAACAUCCUUGCUGCCAAUCUCUAGGGUGUGCGAAUGGACAAAAACACACCUGCUCUAGCGCAAUCUUGACGCUUAACGGCUGUCUCUUUGAGUUACGACCCAUCGUGGUCGAUUGUCGUCGUUUGCCACCGUCUUGUCUUCCCUUACUUCCGAUUGCAGUGGAUUGUGGUGCAGCAGCGUUCUCUCCUGUGCUACACUACUAGUAAUAUUCCUACCUCAUCACGCGCCACGUCGUUGCUGUAGUACGUGGCUACUGUGCCCAAUCUCGACGACCUUUCUCAUUACCCGGUGUCCGAUCGCUGCAACAUCGACGUUCUCCCUGGAAGCCACGUCAAGCUAAGGGAACUGAGGCAACCUUGCGCAGAUGGACGAGAUCCGUCGUGCAACACCGUGAUUAUAUGGAGACUCACGUCGAUGAGGGUUCGCCUUUGAGCAACUACCUUGAGGCUGCGGGAGAGCGGGAGGACGAUUGGGAUUGGCAGGAGCCGGAGAAUAGGGAGCACGACAUUUCGCCGCCGUUGACACCUCCACGAGAUUUCGCGCCCCGAGGUCUUGCCAAAGUUCGAAGGAAGUUCAGGGACAGACUAGCCAAGCCGAUGCAACUCGAUCUCCCCAACUUCCCCUCUCAUGAUGCUUUCAACGAUAAUGCGUCCCCCAUCCUAGACAUGCUUCGGCUCCUUCUGGAGACCGUAACGUCCUCCAUUGAUCAUGCCCGCUCUAUCGGAUUUCUCGAGCGCCUUCGCCUCGCCAUUAUACAGUCCCAGCUUCUAGAUAACCCGCUUACUUUGGGCUACCAGUCGGCAGCGGAGCCUACAGUGUCUCAGCCGCCUGCGGAAUUAAACUUUCAUGGCCUCACAGCGUCAGGUGUUGUGGCGGCGGCCGUCUUUGGCUUUUGUCUAGCCUCACUCGCUCGCUGGUAUACCCUGGGCGGCUUCCUUCCAACAUGGAAACGAUUUUUCGUCUCGGUUGCUUUGACGGUUGCCCUCCUUUACAUAGUUAGGGCGUACAUCCGUCGAGAGAUUUUGAGAAACAUUCAACGACGGGGACUAGCCGAAUCCGCAUCCUUUUUUACCUUGUCCCGUGAUUUCGACUGUGCUAAUAGUGCAGCCCUGAACUUCAUCAUGGAAGUUGAGCUGGUGGCCCGCGGGUAUCGACUGAGUACGCCUAUACCGCCCAUUAGUAGACUAGAGAAGAACGGCCAGAACGUCAAAUGUCUUCAGCUCAGGCAUGCCGUCCGAGCUAGUCUCGCCGAGGUGAUUGCGACAUAUUACCAAAUUGCAUUUACGAUUUGGGGAUUUGCGGAGCAAACUGAAUUGCUCCAAUUGCAGUCACAAUACCAGUUUACGGUUGCAGAUGUUGUGGAGCGGUUUAACCUCUUUUCGAACAGUAAUGCUCAGGAUGGAGAGAAGUUACAAUCAUUGAAAGACGCGGCGUAUCUUUUCCAUGAUAUCCGCAAGGUGUUCCUCAGUGGCUUGCUUGCGCUACACACGUCAGGCACAGAUGCUGACCGCCUACGUUUCUCAACUGUGCUGGAGGCAUUUAAAGAACUAAAUAUUGUAACAACCCAAGCUUACACAAGAUUGAAAGAUGUUUUGGCCGAGAAUGAUUACCAAAUGAAUCAGCUACCCAGAGCCCCCAAAUCACCUUUGUCGCCAAACCAUGAUCGAUGGCAACAUCAAGUUCGGCGACUUGGCUCUAUGACGAUGAAUAUUCGUAGUGUACAGGCCAAAUUACAUCUCCUGCAAGAGGAGUCUAACAAAGCAUUGAACGAAGCGAACGACAUCACUGAAAUGGGCCCUUUGUUCAUGUCUCAAUAUGACUCAAUAGGUCAGGACUUGCGUGAUCUCAUGGAGGCUUGGCAGUCUGGGAAGAAGGCCUUGCGAUCCGGUAUUAAUAGAAACGAAAAGCGUCUCUCAUCUAUCGGCUCGGUUAUGGCAUCACCAACAAGUACAAUGAGUGGUCGAACGAUCGCCGGAGAUGAAAGUAGCACGGACGAACAUGAGCCUGGUGUUGAAGACGCAUUGAGGAAGCUUACUGGAGAAGUUUCGCCAACAAAGGCGGUUAUGCCAAUCGAGCCCGAAGUCUUUGAAGCGAUCUCAGUACCGCGACCAAGAAGUAUGCUAACGAGAGAAGAAAGAAUUGCUCGCAUGAGGGAAGAGCGCCAAAAUAAAGAGAUUGCCAAGGCCAAGGCUGAUGCGUAUAGGGGCAUGGUACGAGAAUUAGAAGGCGUUCUUGGCAAAAAGGGAUCUAGAGGUCGAGUUUCUUUAUGAGACCUACAUGCUGAUACUCGGCCUCUAGCCAUAACACAUGUGAUGAAUAUGUAACGACUCGACCACGUUGGGCGCAUUUGGGUAUAGACUGGCUCAUUCUUUUUAGGGCUAAAUAUGCCCCUCGUUUUUUUUUUUUUGGCGCCAUAGGUACUGGGAGUUUGGGAACUGACCAGUACAACUGCUUAGAUUUGGCUGGACUACACGAUCGUUUAAAUUGUAAUGUCUCUUCUGUACUUAUAAGUAUAACUAGGCUGUAUAUAUAGCGCCGUACAAAACCAACCACAACAAUACGUAUGUAAGUAGAUUUCAAGCAUUUGCCUAUUCUAUAUAAGUCCUCAUAACCAUUAAAAAUAGCAAGGUUCAUUGUUUGUG